UGUUCAGUGUUCAGUUCAACGGCAGACUCCCGCGCGUACGGUUCGGCGAAAAUAAGAAGCAAACCCGACACGGUUACGGCGGAUAUUAUUCGGUUCUUGGGUGUCCUCCGAUUCGCGUGGCCAGUUCGAAAAAAAUGCCAGAAAAUCGAGUUGUACGUCGGUGGGAAAAUACCGCCGGCAUUCGAUCCACAUUGUAAUUGAAUUCGACUCCGUGGAUUGAGAAACACAAUUGAAUUUUGUAGAAAACAAAGAGUAGAAAACCACAUCGAAUAGCAAAAACGAUAAACUAGUCGUUAAAUUGAAUAUACAAAUUGGUGUUUUGAUUAAAACUAAUAAACAUAAACACACUGCCACCGAACCAAACCAGCAGAGCCGAGGCAAAAACCAAAAUUUAUUUUUAAAUACAAUUAUCUUAUUUUUCGGUGGCCUGCAGUUUUCCAAAUAUUGUUCAUACGCCACGUUGGCGCGGUGAAAAAAAUUCAAUUGGAAUAUAACCCAGUUGUUGGUCGAGGAGUUGGCAAAUGGAAACCAAAUAGGGCUAACUCAAAAGGGAUACGCAACAUUAACUUGGAAAUCCCUCUGGCAGGACUUGAAAUAGGAUGAAUUUUGGACUGCCACAAUCCACAGCCACGAUGGAAAAUCACAGCGACUUGGAGGCGGGCGACUAUUCGGACCUUGGCUGGGGCAAUUGGAGUACUCCGGCAUCCAUCCUCUACACGGCCAUGAGCAGUGUCCUUUCGGCGAACAACCACACCCCCCUGACCGACUCGCCGCCCUUGGACUUUGGCCAGGCCAGUACCAGCGCUGGAGUCUUCAAUCACAGCCAAACCCUUUCCACAGAGCUGCCUCCCGUGGCGGAUAAAGAUGCGGCGGGGGCCAUGGAGACGGCCGGUUCGUUUGCAUUCGUGCUUCCGUGGUGGCGUCAGGUGCUUUGGAGCAUUCUCUUCGGCGGCAUGGUUAUAGUGGCUACCGGCGGUAACCUAAUUGUCGUCUGGAUUGUGAUGACAACGAAGCGGAUGCGAACUGUAACCAACUAUUUCAUAGUGAAUCUCUCAAUUGCGGACGCCAUGGUCUCGAGUCUGAACGUUACCUUCAACUACUACUACAUGCUGGACGGAGACUGGCCCUUCGGGGAGUUCUACUGCAAAAUAUCCCAGUUCAUAGCCAUGCUAAGCAUCUGCGCAUCGGUCUUCACUUUGAUGGCCAUCUCCAUUGACAGGUACGUGGCCAUCAUACGGCCUUUGCAACCGCGGAUGAGCAAGCGCUGCAAUUUGGCCAUUGCCGCCGUCAUUUGGCUGGCCUCCUCCUUGAUAUCCUGCCCCAUGAUGCUCUUCUACCGCACGGAGGAAGUGCCCUCGGAGGGGAAUACAUCCCGCACGGUCUGCUACCCGGAGUGGCCCGAUGGACCAACAAAUCACUCUACUAUAGAAUCCAUCUACAACAUACUCAUCUUGAUACUCACUUACGUCCUGCCAAUUGUGUCCAUGACGGUCACAUACUCCCGUGUGGGAAUAGAGCUCUGGGGAUCCAAGACUAUCGGGGAGUGUACGCCCCGGCAAGUUGAGAAUGUCCGAAGCAAGCGACGGGUGGUGAAGAUGAUGAUAGUGGUCGUCCUGAUAUUCGCCAUCUGCUGGCUGCCCUUCCACAGCUACUUCAUCGUCACAUCCUGCUACCCGGCCAUCACGGAGGCCCCCUUCAUCCAGGAGCUCUACUUGGCCAUCUAUUGGCUGGCAAUGAGCAAUUCCAUGUACAAUCCCAUUAUAUACUGCUGGAUGAAUUCACGAUUUCGCUAUGGUUUCAAGAUGGUCUUCCGCUGGUGUCUGUUCGUUCGAGUGGGCACAGAGCCCUUCAGUCGCAGGGAGAACCUCACGUCCCGGUACUCCUGCUCCGGUUCCCCGGAUCACAACCGCAUCAAGCGCAAUGAUACCCAGAAAUCGAUACUUUAUACCUGUCCCAGCUCACCGAAGUCCCAUCGAAUCUCGCACUGCGGAACACCGCGCAAUGCGACCCUUCUGCGUGGCUCCCACCAGCCGGAUCUGCUACAAUCGGAUGGCACUGGAAGUGGAGGAGGGACAGGUGGUGCUGGUAGUGGUCACAGGAAGCGUAUGCCCUACCAGCAAGAGAUGCAACAGCGGUGGACUGGUCAGAGUAGUGGUGGCACUGCCAGUAAUGGGAGCAGUCAUUCGAACACCACGCAACUGCUCUCCUGACAGCCGGCCGUCCAGAUUAUACCGCCGGAGAGUGUGGAGAUGCAAACCCAGAUUGUGUGCUCAUCUCCGUACAACAGAAACUAUCGACGCUCGAAUCCUGGCAUAGCCGGCACUAUAUCCGAAAGUGAUGCCGCCGAUGACAAAACCUGGCUCUAAGCUCUACUUUAAGGUCUCGAAUUUAUACUUGGCUAAGUGUUGAUUGGAAUCGAAAAACUAAAAACUAAUCUCUAGUCUUAAUUUCAAUUUAUUCUCAAAGAAACAAAGGCUAAGUAAGAAAUACCAACCAUAAAAAACAUAUUAUUCUUCAUUAACUCACUUAUUUUUUUGUUCAUAGAAACAUAUCAAAUAUGGCAGGUUUCUAUAGCUAUCGGGGAAGUAUCAUCUAUUUUCUGGCUUCAAUUUAGGUUACAGCUUCCAUCAUUUUAAAUGCUGUUAAAUUUUAAAAAUGAUAAAACUAAAAUAAGCAUUGUUCGUUAGAAUGAAUAAGAUUAUUGUUGUUAUGCCCUUUUUCAAACAAUAUUUUGGUUCGCCAUUUCAACCACAAUUGCAUUUGUAAAUAUUAUAUUCGGAUGGGUUCCUAUGUUAAUAUAAAGUUUAUAAUUUACUAGACGCUUACGGCUGCUUGCUUAAGUUGCAAAACAAAACCAAAUGACUUUGAAUGUGCUGUAUGUAUUUGUAUUAUAUGUACUCGUACGUGUAAAUAUAAAUGUCUGAAUAUAAACCUUAUUGCGAAUAAAGCGUCUUGCUCCAUCAAAA